AUGAUUACUAGAAUAGAAACACUAUCUAAUGAAAUUCUUCUUCAUAUAUUUUCUUAUCUACCAUGGUUCGAUAUGUUAACAUCUUUGUGGUCAUUAAAUACUCGUUUCAAUUCUCUUGUGUGUUCAACUCUUUCGAGAAAUAAUAGUAUAUCGAAUACCGGUAUUCUCAUUAUACAAGGUUUAUCUUAUAAUAAAUGUUGUUCAAUAUUAUUUCCAUUGAUUAUAAAUUCCUCAUCUCUUUGUUCUUCUAUUCAACGUAUCCAUUUUGAUGAAACAAAUUCAAGCGCUUGUGGCCUUAUUUAUGAAUGGUUGUUUAAUGAGAAAAAAAUCCUUAAUUUUCCUAAUCUUAAAUCGCUUAUUCUUACUCAAUGUGGAUCAAUUGAACCAGUAGUUCAAUGUUUAUCUUAUCUUGUUGAAUAUCAGUUAGAUGAACUUACAUUAACAUUUAAUAACCACGUGUUUAAACGAUUUUUUUAUUUACAACGACAUUUGUCAAUGGUUUCUGAUAUAGAAAAACAAAUGAUCAUGUUCAAAGUAUUUCUUUGUCAACUAUUUUCUGAAAAAUGUCAUUUAAUAUCUCUUCGAUUUGAUAUUAGCAACGAGCUCACAGAUGGUAAGAUUCAUCGAUGUUUAUCAUCAAAUUUUUGUCAUUCUUCUAAUUUAAUUCAAUAUCAACUUCCAACUUGCUGUUUAACCCUUCGUCAUUUACAUAUUCGACUUAGAUAUGCAUGUUUUCUUGAAAAUCUUGUUGAACAUGUACCCAAUCUUGAACAAAUAUCGAAUGUUGAAAGAUUGAAGCAAUCAAAUGAAAAUUGGUUUAAUAAAAUACCUAAACUACGAUAUUUUAGUUUAACAACUUGUAUUGAUGAUGAUUUGGAAUUUGUUUAUUUGAAAUGGCUUCUUAACAAUUUAAAUUAUAUUGAAAAACUUCAAGUUCAUCUCAGAAAUAAUAAAUUAAUGGAAAGAAAAUAUCAAAAUAUAUGGAGAUCUGUUAUCGAUGCAAAUUUCAUUCGUCAAUAUUGUUUACCUGAUAGAAUAAUUAAUUUAAUUUAUUUUGAUUUUUACGUUUGUUCACAAUGUCAAUUAUCAUUGAAUGAUAUAGAACAAAUAAUAAAUUCAUUUAAAAUUCAUUCUUUCUUUAUUUCACAUCAAUGGACAAAUGUUAAAUGUUUAUUUGAUCCAAUAACAUCGUGCCAACAUCUUUUAUCUUCUUUCUCUUAUACACUACAACCCUCUGGUAAUCGAAUUAAUCAUUCAUAUAUUUUUAAUUGGCCACAUAUUGACAAAUUUCUCUUUCACUUACAUCCAUCACUUUAUUUAUUUCUUGAAGAAUUCAAUGACAUAUCUCCUAAUAUUCGUUGUAUUAAAGUAUACAAAGGUAAAUUACUUUGGUAUUUCAAUGAUUUUCUUGAUUGUUGA